AGGAUGCAAGUGCGAUGAAUUCGGUCUACCUGAACUCGUACCCGCCGGCGGCGGCGGAUCCGAAGUUUCCGCCGCCGGAGGCCGACUACGGCCAGGGCCCGUUCAUGUCUGCGACGCCCGACUACUUCCACCAAAAUAGUUACGCCGAACAUUACGUGGCUCCGGUGCCGGCGGGCGCCGCGCCGCCGGCACCGUACCAACAGUAUCACCACCACCACCAGUCCCCGUACUACCCGAUCCACGCGGCGCCGCAGCAGCACCUCUACCACGUGCCCCCGGCCGCCCCCGCGCCGCCUCACAUGCCCCCGACGGUGCUCAGCGGCGGCGGCGGCGGCGACGCGAGCCCGCAUGUCGUGCAGCACGCGUCGCCGGCCGAAAGCCCCAGCACCACGGCCGACCAGCACUCGAUGCUCGAUUACCCCGGCGACGAUUCGUCCGGUGAAUUGGAAGAUGAUGACGAAGAGUCUGGUGACGAUGGCGGCGACCGUGUUAUCUACCCUUGGAUGAAGAAAAUCCAUGUAGCAGGAGUCGGUAAGCCGCGAACAGUGGGCCAGUUCCAACCUGGCAUGGAGCCGAAGCGGCAGAGGACAGCUUACACGCGACACCAAAUCCUUGAGUUAGAAAAAGAGUUCCACUUCAAUCGCUACCUGACGCGGCGGCGGCGCAUCGAAAUUGCGCACUCUUUGAACUUGUCUGAGCGGCAGAUAAAAAUCUGGUUUCAAAACCGGCGGAUGAAGUGGAAGAAGGACAACAAACUUCCCAACACAAAGAACGUGCGUCGGAAAAACGCGAACGGGCAGCCAUCACCGCCCAAGUCGAGGGCGAAACGUGGCCGCAGCAACAACAACGUCGACGGCAGCAGCAACCUGAACGACCCGCUGUCGCAACUCGGCGCCAUGAACCCCGGCGACCGGCAACCGCAGCUGCACUUGUCCUCGGCCACGAUUGACCACCAGGUAACCCCCCUGACGCCCCAGUCGUGCCACCUCCAACCGCCCCCGCUCAAGCAAGACUUCAACCUGACGCCCUUGUGAGUGCAGUGUCAUCUGUCGGACUGGACGCUAUGUGGCCACGUAGGUACGCAGACAAUUAUUAGUGCGCGGGUCCAGGUGUGUUUUUCUCUCUUAUUUGCGUCUGACUGUCCGCGGCAGCUGCUGAAAAUGUUUAAAAGCCACCAUUGGGUUUCAGCC